CGUUACAAUAACGUUUUUUAAGUAGUACGGCACAUUAUUGGACGGUGUGCGUGCGUAGUGCGCCGUCGUACAGCAUUAGCAUAAUAACAUUGUAAAAGCGUAAAAACGUUCACCCCACCGAACGCGUUGCUGAACACGCCGUACUACACACACACACACGCGAUCUCCGGCGGCGGCGGCGGCGGCAGUAAAUGGUAAACACCGUACGUUAUCAAUGUCAAGGACUGCCAUUAUCAUCGCGCACACACACACACACGUACGCACGUACACAACAACAAAACAGAAGCGGAGUUAUUGAUUAUUUUUCGGCCAGUGACAACUGCUCUUUAAUAUUAUUAUUUUCGUUUCCGUUCCCCGUUAUUGUUUUGUUUUUUUUUUUAUCCGCUUAGUUUUUUUUUUUUUUCGUCAUCGUCGCUCCUACCCCACCGAAAAAACAUAAUAAUAUUUCGCUUGGCGACUCGCCGAAACCAGUGUGGUGCGGACGUUCGCGGGGGGGCCGGCCGUCUGCGUUUUCCGUUUGCGCGGUGUCGGAGGAAUGACGGCGACGGCGACGACGGCGGUACGCGACUAGAACGAUUGUUCGUCGCGACUUCGACCGCGUUCCGCGGCCUCGCAGUGUCGGUGGAUGCCCACUCGCCAGCGUACGCGUUCGAGACAGGAGCCGGAGCGCCGCGGUGUCCGAAUGGAGACGACUAGUGGAACAGUGUGAUUCGUAUCCAAUCUCUGGAGUUGGAUUUGAUUCCCCUACCAGAUUUCCUCUGUUGUACGGUAUCAAAUUGUUAAUAGCUCAAAAAUAAAGAAUAUCACACUGUACUAUGUUGCCCAAUACAAUUGCUGUAUCAUCUACUUUGCCAAGAGUGAAAAAUAAAACAUUCAAUGAAAACGAUGAAAAUAUUUCAUAUUCAAAGCCAGUAGAUUUUCAAAAAGAUCGUAAAAGUUGGCCUUUGGCACAGGUAAUGGAAUGUGUUGAUCUUGAAACGGUGUCAUGUAUACCAUCUUUAGAAUCUGGAAAGGAAACUAGCGUUAUAGACCCAAUUACUUCUUCUCACAAUAGUUGUGUGACGGUUCUUCAGACAGAUAAUUUACAGUCUGAAUGUACACGAAUGAAUGAACACGAAUCGUGUUUAGAUGAUCAACCAAGUAAUGUCUUAAAAAUUGUCUUGCCUCUAGUCAGCGAAAGUGUACCAUUGAAUGGCCAUCCAAUAGCUAUCGAACACAAUCAAUUCUUACAAGAAGAUAGUUCUGUUGUUUCAAGCAAUAAUCAUGUUCAAUAUUCUCCAGAACAAUGUGAAGAUAUGCCAGUUUAUGUAAAUAAAUAUGUAAAUAAUAGAAAUCAUUCUUUACCCGAAGACAAUGAACUAAAUCGAUUUAGUUCAACAUUUGAAGACAUAAAAACUUUACUUAAAGAAGGUCUAGUAGAUGGUCUAGAUGAAAUGCCACCAGACUUUCAACCUCCACAACCACCUCUGCUUUACAGAGUUUCUUCGUUACCAAAUCUUCUAAGUCAUGAUAGUACAAAAAACCAUCAUUCGUGUUCAUACUUAACUAUGUAUGCAACCAAACACGAAUUAUUUAUGAAUAAACUUUGCAAAAAUAUUGUUGCCAAACAUGAUAUGUCUGUGCAAGUAUCAACCGAAUUAUUUAAACAUCAAAAUCAAAAAACUUAUGUUGACACAAGCUGCCAAACGGAAGAUAUUUUUGUUAGUUGUCAAGUAAAUAAUGAAGUUUUGGCCCAAGAAAUCUAUCAAAAUGAUAAGAACAGUAAUGUUUUUAAGAAAGAGAUCAAAAUGAAUAUCAACGAUAAAGAUGAAGUUAAAAGUAACAUUGAAGAAAAUUGUACCAAUAUUGGUUAUACAAAUAUAAAUAUAAAUAAAAACCAUAACACUACUGUAGAAAAGGACUUAACAGACAUUGGUUACACAAACAUUAAUGUAUUUAAUAAAGAACUUCAAACUAAUACAGAAAAAGACUGUACAGAUCUUGAUUACUCAGAUGUCAUUAACUCUGAAUAUGAAAUCAAAACUAAAGACGAAGAGGACUGUGCCAGUUUUGGUUAUUCAGAUGUUAACACAUUUAACACAGCAAAUGAAGUUAAUGCCAACGGAGAGGACUGUACCAGUAUUGGUUACAUCAAUAUUAAUGUUUUUAAUAAAGAUAAUAUAAUAACUAAUAAUGAGGAUUGUUUUACUAAUGUUAGUUAUACCAAAAUCACAACUUUUAACAAAGCAUGCGAAACUAAACCCAAUGAAAAUUGUGUUAAUAUUGACUAUACAAAUAUGAAUGUAGUUGAGAAUGGAAAUGAAGUCAAUGUUAAUGAAGAUGAUAAUUUGAAAAUUGGUUACACCAAUAUAAAUACAUUUGAUAAAGGGCUUAAAGUUGUAAAUGGAGAGGACUGUGUUGACAAUGGUUAUACAAAUUUCAGUUUAUAUGACAAAGGACUUGACAUUGAUUCUAAUGAUGAUUGUGAAAAUUACGCAAAUGCUAACGUUUUAGAAGAAUUUGUGAAUGAACAAAUAAGUCUUAAUAAUACUGAUGGAGAUUUCGACUCAUUUUUAUUUGGACCACUACCCCCAUCACCUAUUGAAGAAAUUGUUUCAGAAUUACCUAUAUUGAAUGGUGUUGAAACAAAAAGGGAAAACUCUGCACCCGUACCUUUCAUAUUUGAUGUUCAUAAAAAUGAACCGAGUACUUCAAUAAUCAAAUCUCGAUCAAUAGACGCUGAAUUUUCUCAUAAUUUUCAACAACAUCAUAAAAUUGGAACACGAUCCGUGCAAUCGGAGAGAAGAACUUAUCCAUCUGAAGUACCCGUUUCUGAUGGAUACCCAAAACCGUUGAUGCUUAAAAGCAGUAUUCAUCCUAGUACUAUUGAAAAAUUAUCAGACAUUUCAAGUUCAUUGCCAGACACACCUCUUUUAGGAAGAUGUGAUUUUCCACGUCAGUAUUCAGCUACUGGUACUAAAACAAUGACUCAGAUGUCAAAUAGUAUGAGCAUCAAUAUGAGAGGUGCUGGUCAUGGUUCUAGUAUUGGUUUGGGUCAAGCAAUGGCUGGUGCAGAGUUGUUGCACUUAAAUGGGCCUGGUAGGGGAUGGUAUCCGCGACAACGACAAUUUCGUCCUGUAUCAGUUGAACAGCUCGAUAAAUUGGCUAGCAAAAGCCCUGUGGGCCACUCACAAUGGGAUUCUCGAGAAGGCCAUAAACCUGUUACAUUACCCCCUAACCUUACACCAAAGUUCUUUCACAGGUCCCCUAGAGAAGCGCUCCGACGUGUCACAAGUCUACUUAUUAGAAAGGGUAAUACUAACAAAAGUAACAAAUCUAAAACUGUAUUCUCUUCUUCAGUGAUUGGACCACACGGAGAUAUAAGUGAAGAAUGUGUGACCAGUCAAUCCAAACGUGGAUUUUUCAAAAGCUUAUGGAGAAAAUAAGACUUUUUAUAACGUGCAAUCAAAUUUUGUGGCCAUAUAUCUUAAUUUAUUUAUUAUUUAAUUUAUCAUUACUCUGUCUUUGAAUCUAUGUUUAACCUUGUGUUUACUUUACUAACUUUUACUAUAUAAUUUUUUAUAUGUUUUUUAUGUGUAAUGAAUUUUGACUUUAGCAAUAGAAUGUUUGACAAUUUAUAUAUAUAUUUAAUUUUUUUUUAACAUAACAUUUAAUUUCUUAUUAUUGUUUUUUUAUUAUUAUUAUCAUUGUAGAUUUUUUUUAGAUUGGAAUAAAUGAUUUAUACAAAUAUAUAACAUUUUGGUGUUAUACCAAUCACUUUAAUAAUUAGUUAUUUAACAUUUCUGAAAGUAUUUUAUGAUUUUAAUUUAAUUAUAAAUAGAACAUAUUUUGUUUAGUGUUCUAAAAGUCAGUAUUAUUAGAUAUUAUUUUCUAUAACUAUUUAUUAUUAAUAAUUACUAUUUUAAUUCUUUUAAUUGUCAAUUAAAAUAAUGAAUUUAUUUGAUAAUAAAUAUUUAAGAAUUAUAGCA